GAGAGCGUUCACCCAGCCAUCAUCACGCAGACGCUGCGGAUGUCCUGCCAGCUGCAGAAGACGCUGGGUAAUGCGAUUGCUUCUUACUGAACUGCCCUAGGACCUCUGGACCUUUAUAUUUCCUGACCAGGGCUCAAAAACCGUGCGUGCGAUUCGUCAUCUUUCACUAUAGCGAUCUUAUCAAGUAUGAUCAUUGAAACACUAGCAGAGGAUUCGAAGACAGGACUCGGAUCGUCGUCAGAAGUUCUUCCAGAUUAUGUCACUGAGAUAUCCAAACCAGGUGCUAUUGAACCCCCAAGUUACUAUCAUAGACGGCCGUUCCAGCCCAUGACAUACACAUUUACUGGUUGGACAUCUGACUCUAUGUUGCUUAUGCCACCACCGACCGCGAAUAAUCUAAACCCCCUCUAUCGCAUCUCUGUCGCUCUCAAUCUUAGCCCUUUCGCUCCACUAUCGUACGUCACCACAGUUCAAAGAGGUGGUAACAUGCAGGGGCAGUUUGUCGGUAGUUUCGAGCUGUCGACCAACCAAAGAGUAGCUAUUUUGACUAUGGGCGAUAGCACCACUCGUUUGAAGAAUGUUAUGUGGAAUAUUGGCGGCGUAGAUCGGGUCUGGGGUUGGUCUUGCGGGUCCGUUGACCUUCGCUGGGAUUGCCGUUCGACAUUGGAUGAUGGUUCGCCGAUGUGUGUAUGCUACGACGGAAUCUCCAAUUCCGAUCUACAAUUAGCAUCGUUCGUUCCUCCUCCGAUUGACGCCUCUCCCCCUCUUCCACCAGCUCAGCUCACUGUUUUCCCCGACGGGCAUCAACACCUCGACCAUAUCCUCUUGUCCGCUUUGAUCGUAGAGAGAAAAAGGUCGUUACUCCUGCUGCAAUAAAGCUUAGAGCUUAGAUAUAUCCAGCAAUCUCAAUGCGAAUUUACCACUAUCAUUUAUGUCCAUCCGUGUCAUAACUGGAGGGGAAUGACUACAUAUCACACCAUCCCUUCGCGACAUGCAUCCAUGUGCUUUUUUAGAGCUAUCUUGCAUGAUUUUGGAGGCUCCAAGGAGGCUAGGCAAAAGAAGCGCAUGGAUUCGGGGGUGGCCCAUACUAAGAUAGGCAAUAUCGUACGGAACCUUUGGCUGGUCUUCGAAUCACAUGCUACAACGUAUAAGUGAGGCUCGCUGGAUGAGCCCAGGGGAAGUAUUAAAUCGAGGAAGAUCUAAGGACCACAGUCAUAAAAAUCGCCGCCCAACGAUAAGGUGAAAUAGGGAUAGAAGCGGCUAACGUGUUCAAGCAGGAUCGAUCAGGGAUAUUUAUCACUAACGGCUAGAAAUGACACUCGUCGUUAACACCUUUAGUAGGUGAACAAGGCAUACCUUUUAGAUACGGCUCCGAGCGUGUAGCUAUGAGUCUCUAUAGCGACGCUGAGCUUGGGGCCUGGAGAUAUGAAUAUUUGAACAAGUUGAGUGAGAAGAGGACACUAUUUUGCGUUACGGUGCCCGGAUGGUAUGAAUCUGACGAGAGACCGAUCGUUUCACUGUAGAGAGAAGUCUUCUAUUGUAUAAUUACAUUCUCGAACGGCCCUUGAUACACCUAUUUUGAUAGUAAAACCUUCAAAGAUUGUCGCGGAACUCAUUACAGGACAACCCCUGAGAAAGGCCAAAUUCGUGGUCAGGUACGCCCUCGAAUGGUAGCGGCAGUCCAGGAGGAGUACCGUGACUCGACAUUGAUAAGUGUAUGGUUGGAGUUGAGCCGUGAAUUCCGACUGUCCGAGAAAAUGUCUAGGAGAAACCAAGGUAUUGUGCCAGAGAGACAGCGCUUUGUUGCGGUGCCAGAAGUACUUUCGAACUUGACGUCUGGGGUAGCCCAGUUGGUCCAAUAGACAGUGAUUGCCAGUCAAGUGGAUGUGCGAUAGAAAGUUUAUUUUUUACAGUGCGA